GCAGGAGAAAGCCAUAGUAGAAGAAGCUUGAUCAGGGGAUGGGCAAGUACAGCGACGGGAAGGACGGCGAGACCGGCGGCAGCUACCCGCUGGUGGCGGUGUGCAUCGACAAGGACAAGAACAGCCAGAACGCGCUCAAGUACGCCACCGAGACGCUCGCCCACAAGGGCCAGACCAUCGUCCUUGUCCAUGUCAACACCAAGGGCACCUCAGGAGGGGUGGAGGACGCCGCCGGAUACAAGCAGCCGACGGACCCGCAGAUGAAGGACCUCUUCCUCCCGUUCCGCUGCUUCUGCACCCGGAAAGACAUCCAGUGCAAGGACGUGGUGCUGGACGACCACGACGUGGCCAAGUCGAUCGUCGAGUUCGCCGCGCACGCCGCCAUCGAGAAGCUCGUCGUCGGCGCCACCGCCAGGGGCGGCUUCGUCAGGUUCAAGGCGGAAAUCUCCAGCACCAUCUCCAAGACGGCGCCGGACUUCUGCACCGUGUACGUCGUCACCAAGGGCGGCAAGGUGAACUCGGUCCGGCAGGCCAUCCGCCAGGCGCCGGCCGUCUCGCCGCUGCGGACCAUGAUCCAGGGCCCCAAGCCCGAUCAGGUGCACGCGCCCGCUGCCGCGGCCGCGCAGAAAUGGACGACGCCGCCUCCAUCGAGAGGUGAUGUUGCCGCGACACCGAUGAUGCAAGACAAUCCCAUCAUGUCGCCGUUCGCGAGGUCGACAGGAGUGGGCGCGGGGUCGGCGCGGAAGCCGUUCCCGGAGUUCUCGCUGCCGGAGUCGUCGGACAUAUCGUUCAUCGGCUCCGCGCCCCGCCGGAGCACAGAGCGGUACCCACCGUGCCCGCCGCGGCUGUCGAGCGGGUCGGAGGGCCUCGACCAGCACAGCUUCGAGGCGCGCACGCCCAGCCGGUGGGGCGACUCCUUCGGCAACGACAGCACGGCGCACUCCCAGACCAGCACCUCCUCGUGGUGCUCCCAGCCAACGGACGACAUGGAGGCGGAGAUGAAGCGGCUGCGGCUGGAGCUGAAGCAGACCAUGGACAUGUACAGCACGGCGUGCAAGGAGGCGCUGAGCGCCAAGCAGAAGGCGAUGGAGCUGCAGCGCUGGAAGGUGGAGGAGGAGCAGCGGUCGCACGAGACGCGGCUGACGGAGGAGUCGGCCAUGGCGCUGAUCGAGCAGGAGAAGGCCAAGGCGAGGGCUGCCAUCGAGGCGGCCGAGGCGGCGCAGCGGCUGGCGGACCUGGAGGCGCAGAAGCGGAUCGGCGCGGAGAUGAAGGCGCUCAAGGAGGCCGAGGAGCGGCUCCGCUCCAUGGGCGGCGGGGCGCGCGAGUCCGUCCGGUACCGCAAGUACACCAUCCGGGAGAUCGAGCUGGGCACCGACCACUUCAACGACGCCCGCAAGGUGGGGGAGGGCGGGUACGGCCCCGUGUACAAGGGCCACCUGGACCACACGCCGGUGGCCAUCAAGGUGCUCCGCCCGGACGCGGCACAGGGGCGGUCGCAGUUCCAGCAGGAGGUGGAGGUGCUGAGCUGCAUCCGCCACCCCAACAUGGUGCUCCUCCUGGGCGCCUGCCCCGAGUACGGGUGCCUGGUGUACGAGUACAUGGCCAACGGCAGCCUGGACGACUGCCUGUUCCGGCGCGGCGGCGGGGGGCCGGUGAUCCCGUGGCAGCACCGGUUCCGCAUCGCGGCGGAGAUCGCGACGGGCCUGCUGUUCCUGCACCAGACCAAGCCGGAGCCGCUGGUGCACCGCGACCUCAAGCCCGGCAACAUCCUCCUGGACCGCAACUACGUGAGCAAGAUCAGCGACGUCGGGCUGGCGCGCCUGGUGCCGCCGUCCGUGGCCGACUCCGUGACGCAGUGCCACAUGACCUCCGCCGCCGGCACCUUCUGCUACAUCGACCCGGAGUACCAGCAGACGGGGAUGCUGGGCGUCAAGUCGGACGUGUACUCGCUGGGCGUGAUGCUGCUGCAGAUCGUGACGGCGCGGCCGCCCAUGGGCCUCACGCACCACGUCGGGCGCGCCCUGGAGCGCGGCACCUUCGCCGACCUGCUCGACCCGGCCGUCCACGACUGGCCCAUGGAGGAGGCGCACCGAUUCGCCGAGGUCUCGCUCCGGUGCUGCGAGCUCCGGCGCAAGGACCGGCCCGACCUCGCCACCAUCGUGCUCCCGGAGCUCAACCGGCUCCGCGCCCUCGGCGAGGACAACAUGGAGUACUGCGACCCCAUGAGCGGACGCGGCGGCAUGCACAGCUCCUCCGCCUUCCACAGCGGGCCCUACUCGAAUCCACGACACGAUGGGGUGAGUGAUCCAUCGCUAGGGAGGCCGCACCAGCAGCACAGCUCGAACGGGAGCCAGGCCGCCAUGCCGACACGAAGGCUCAACUACAAUUGAGAGAGAGAGAGAGAUCGUGAUCGCAUUCGCACUCGAGUAACCAACCGAUCGCCAAGGAGCAGUGCGAAACUGGUCACUGAAGAUUGAUUAGCUGAACUGGAUGUUCUCCUGGUCUGAGUAGACUGUAGAGUGUGGCUGCUGCAAACCGACGCAGCUGGCAGAAGCAGAGCACCAUGGCAAUGCCAAUUGCCAAUUGUGCGCUCCUGGCAGCAAGGUGCAGUACUAUCUAGAUUCUUGAAAAGUUGUGUUACCUCUGUAAACAGCCCUGAAAUUUCAAAGACAAAUUGGAUACCGACGGUUUC